CGGGGGACAGUCCCCUCCCUCCGGCCAGCAGCCCGGCUCUUUCUUGCCCUGCUGCUGCUGCCGGCGAUGGAGGCGUCGUGGUCGGGCUCCUCCGGGGCCGGUUGCGUGGCGCUGGUGUCGGGGGCCUCCCGGGGCCUUGGCCGGAGCCUGGCGCUGGCGCUGUCGGGGCUGCUGGGGCCGGGCUCCUGGCUGCUGCUGACCGGCCGCUCGGCGCCGGCGCUGGAGGCCCUCCGGGAGCAGAUCCAGGCCGCCCGGCCCCAGCUCCGCCUCCGCUGCCUCCCGGCCGACCUGGCCUCCUCCCCGGCAGCCGCCCAAGAAGCCCUGCUCCGCGCCGCCCAGGAAGCAGGGCAGCCCCUCGGCCGCCUGCUGCUCUUCAACAACGCCGGCUCCCUUGGAGACGUGUCCAAAUCCUUCUUGGACUUCACUGACCCGGAGGAGGUCAACGAAUACCUGGCCUUCAACGUCACCUCUGCCCUGUGCCUGACCGCCUCCUUCCUCAAGGCCUUCCCUGCCCAGCCAGGACUCCGCCGGACGGUGGUCAACAUCUCCUCCCUCUGUGCCUUGCAGCCUUUCAAGAGCUGGACGCUCUACUGCACGGCCAAAGCCGCCCGGGACAUGAUGUUCAAGGUUCUGGCCGCGGAAGAGCCGGACGUCAGGGUGCUCAAUUAUGCGCCAGGACCCCUGGACACCGACAUGCAGAAAGAGGCGCGCGCCAAAUCGGGGGACCUGGAAUUAAGGCAGAAGUUUGUGGACAUGAAGGAACGCGGGGAACUUCUCGACUGCGACGUCUCCGCCCAGAAGCUCCUGGACCUUCUUGUCGCAGACACUUUUGAAUCUGGGGCUCACAUUGACUUUUAUGACCUCUGAGAAGCGCUUUUCCUCUCCCAGAGCCACCUGGGGAUUGGGUCCUGUCAAAGUAACUUUUCCAGUCCUUCUCUGUGUCACCCCUGAAGUGGAAGAAUUAGUUGUGUUCUCAUUGCGUCUCUGUGCAAUCUUUUUGUAGCCUUUUGUGCAAAGCCUCUUGCAGCUGAGGGCGUUGAUGGAAGUGUUUCCAAAAUUCUGGGCCUCUUUUUAAAACAUGGUAUGAAUACAGAUCCAAGCACAGAAAAAUAAACUUGCGUGAAGUUGUACAGUG